AUGGGAGAAGAGAAGGAAAAGCGAGGCGAUAGACAGCGCGAAUUAGCUCAGCUUGGCAUGGGCCUGCUGGACGUACUUGACAACCGACUACUAUCGAUUCGAUGCGAUAUCAAUAAGAAUAGGAUUUGUUUCAAUGCAUGUGUCGAUGGUGAAUGGGGAAAAGAAGGAGCUAUCAAACAGCAUUACAAAGUCAAUGACGAGUUUGAUCUGCGGAUAAGAUGCUUCGACGAUCAGUUCCACAGUACUACGUGUGAGCAUCGUCUGGUGGCGAAAUUUGCCCACUACGUCCCAAUGAACAAUAUCUCACAUGUCUACGUGAACGGUGAUGUAUUGCUCUAUGGAGUCUCAGUGUACCGUAUGCAGCUGAUAUCCCAGGCAACUUCUAUUCGGGUCGGCGAUUAUUCGUGUCUGGUUUGGUACCCAAAAGGUGCUAAAGAGUUCUUGAUUGAUUUUCAUGCUAACGGUGAAUUGGCGUGUAGAAUCAAGGCUGCAUUCCCCACGAAAAAAGUGCUUCGUACGUCUCGAUUGAAUGAUCGAUGGGGACCUGAGGAACGAAUCGGCGCUGAUCAGGGAUUCCCAUUCAAAAGGAAACAAACAUUCGAUCUGCUGAUUUAUUGUAGCGAAAAUAAAUUCGAGAUGCUCGUCAACGACUGUCCGUUUGCAACAUUCGAUCAACGUAUUCCAUGCAAUCAAAUCAAUAAGUUAUCGAUCGAAGGAGACAUUAGUCUCCUUGGUGUGCACCUUAAAUGA